AUGCCGGGGAGAGUGUCGCGGCCGCGCAUUGUCAACACCGCUUUCUCAUCAAUUGACACGGGCUUGCCGAACACCUUCGUCGAGAUCUCAAGUGUUGGCUUGAACACUUCGCAGUCCAGCACCACAGAGCCUGCCAGCAGACGGGGCAAACUAAAGCGGCACAGAACCAGAAGGCUCCAGGACUUUCUGCAAGCGCAUGGAUUCUCGGAAGUCUGUGAGCCGCAGACUCCAACAGGCUGCUUCCGUCUCCGCCGAAACGGCGUUUACCCAAUCCACGAAGCCGCGCGGACGGGUGACCACGAUAUGCUUCACAUCUUGCUGCAAGCCAAAGCCGACCCGCUGCAAAAGACUUCGCGUGGGCACACCGCGGUUGACAUAGCCAAAGCCGCGAACAGUGGUGGAUCACACUUGCAGGUCUUGCAUCUCUUGCAGGACAAGGUGCAAGUUCUUAAUCUCCGCGAGGCAAAUGGUUUGAUGCGAUCUUCAGGCACAAGAGCCCCAGAGCUGUUGGGCCUGUUGAGCUCCGAUGGGGUGGCAGAGUCUCGAAAGUCCCUCGAGGGACCUUCCCACGUGGUGAAGGAGCCGAACUUGCCAGGGGCAACGAACUGA